GGGAGAAAGGCCAAGGUGUUGUGGCUGGUGUCUAUAUAUUCUCACUUGUUUCCACAAUUCCAUAUUAUAUAUUCUCACUUUCUUGUGUCAUCUUAUAUCGGCAGCAACAACCACCAACACCAAAUGGAACACACAUACAUUGAUGCCGACUUACAGAAGGCGGCAGCAGAAGGCAAACUUGAUCCAUUCAAGGAUUAUCAACACCCCCUUGAUAGCCUACUGACUCCAAAUAAAAACACAAUAUUGCAUAUCCACCUUACCUAUCUAAGUGAAAGAUCCACAGAGUUUGUAAAACAGGUGCUUGGUAUUUGUCCGUCACUGUUACUGAAGUUCAAUGUCCACGGUGAUACUCCGUUGCACUUUGCAGCAAGGUACGGGCAUGCUGGUGCAGCAGAAGCGCUAAUCGAGCAGGCAAAGGCUUCACCAGAAAUAGAUAUAGAGAGCGGAGAAGAGCCAAGGGCGAGGGAAGCGAAUGGGAUAAAAGCAGUAAGGAAGAUGUUAAGGAUGACAAAUGAAAAUAAAGAUACGGCCUUGCAUGAGGCGGCACGAUAUCAAAGAAGUCUGAAUGUUGUGAAAGCAAUAAUGAGAUAUGAAGAUCCUGAUGAGUUUGCAUAUUCUGCCAAUGAUUGCGGGGAAACUCCGCUUUACCUGGCUGUUGAAAAUGGACGUAUAGAGAUAGUUCUUGAACUAUUAAGAAAUCCCAAUUCACAAUCACUGGUUUAUGGCGGCCCCAAUGGUAAAACGGCAUUACAUGCAGCAGCAAUGUACGACUUCUCUAAACUUGAAGCUGAAAAGAAAGAGGAGCAUAUGCUAUUGAAGAUGAUAGGUGAGCUAUUGGACAAAUGGAGUAGUUUGACCAAAGAAACAGAUGAAAAAGGAUGGACUCCACUUCACUAUGCUGCUUAUAAAGGUCAUACUUCAGUGGUCGAACAACUAUUAGAUAAGGAUCAAUCUUCUGCUUACGUUGUCGACAAAGAUUGGAAGAGGACAGCUCUUCACAUUGCAGCCGGUCGAGGCUUCCAAGAGACAAUGGAGACUAUCAUUUCUAAAUGCCCGGAUUGCUGUGAACUUAUUGACAUUAAAGGCUGGAAUGUUCUUCAUUACGCAGUGAUCAGCAAAAAUAAUCAAGUACUACAAGCACUGCUUCGACAUUCUUCAUUAAUUUACCUUUUAAAUCAAAAAGAUAGUAGAGGAAAUACGCCUGCCCAUCUGUAUGAGAUUUAUCUUCCCCGUCUCCCUUCUUUCAUACGAAAAGGAGAUAUUGAUAUCCUCCUCUUUUGGUGGAAAGUGCAUGAUCAAAUUGAAGGAUACUCUUCGUCAGAGAAGGAUGAACAUUUGAGAUGGAUGAAAGAGCUUGGCACUGGACCAUUGGGAGAAAUUGAAAUUCAGGAUGAAAAAGUAGAAAUGAGAAAUAAAAAUAUGAUAGAUAAAUUUGAAAAAGCCAAAGACUCUCAUUUGGUGGCUGCAGCACUUAUAGCAACAGUAACUUUUGCAGCAGCGUUUACUUUACCCGGUGGUUAUAUAAGUAAUGAAGAUGAUUUAAAGAAGGGAACGCCUAUUCUAAGCAGAAAUUCAGCUUUUAAAGCAUUCAUGAUAUUCAAUACUAUAGCUAUGGUUUUAUCUACUUGUUCUGUUUUCAUCCAUUUCAUGUUAGUGAUUUUAGGAUAUCUGAAAGCAAACUAUUGGUUAAUAAAAUGUGCUAUCAGUUUCCUCUUUUACGCUAUAGUAGCAAUGGUGAUUACAUUUGUGACAGGUGCUUAUGCAAUUCUAGCACCUUCCUUGAGAAUUAGCAUUUGUGUCAUCGGAUUGACCUUCUUCAUCUUCCUAUUUUAUGCCAUUAUAAAGGUAGUAAGGAGUUUCAUUUAUUCGGACGACUAUAACGAUGUUGAUGAAGCUAGUUUCUAUGAUCAAAAAAAUAUUUUGUUGUGGCUCACCGGCGGGAGCUUUUAUUGGUUGAGUUUCUGUUAUCGGAAGCUUCGACGUUUGGUCAAAAAGACUGGAAAGCAGCUGAAGAAGUGAGUCGGUCUAUUCAUCAGCUGUUAUUAGAUGCAACUUCCACGAGGAAUGCAAAUGGUCUCUCCGUUCAAUUGAAUGUAUUCGAUUUACAUUUGAGUUUAUUGUGGCUUUUUUUUUUUUUUAAUUUUUAAUUUGAAAACAUUUAGAAGGAUAAAAAAUAAUGUUAUUAGC